CACAGCUGGGCAGCUGAUCAAUUUAAGAAAUAUUCUUACUUUUCGACUUUCGAGUUUAUUCUAUAAAAAAUCAACUAGACAUGUCUUUGGUUCGCCCAUUCACGAGAAAAGUGGUGCCUAUCGGUGUUCGUCUUUUUGCUACUGAGCCACCGAAAGUGAACCCCACUCCUCCUAAACCAGCUUCUGCACCAAUUCCCACAGCAAAAGAUCCAGUCGUAGGCCCUGGAGCAUCCAAACAAGGACCCUACAAAAAUCCAGAGUACUACACUUACAAUGUCAUGUCUCACUACGAUAUAGAAAAGGACAUGGAACCCUUCAGAAUCCCCCAACCAUCUAGCCUCAAGAAGUAAAAAAAAAGUGUUAAUCUAUGACAGUAUGACUGUAUGUUUAGAAUUGAAUAAGCCAUUUGGUUUUAUUAGAUAAAAUCAUUUCAAACUAAAAA